CCUCUGUCAGUCCGACACCAAUAGUCUGCAGCCGUAGAGAGAGAAAACAGAAAAGUGAUUUAUAUUAUAUUAUACACAGGGAAUAGGAGGAGAAAGAAAAGUUAGCAUGGACUGUGGUCUGAAAGGACAAAUUUAAGAAGUCACAAGUUCUUUCUUUCUUUUUUUCUUUCAUUCUUUCUUUCUUUCCUUCUCUCUCUCUCUCUCUCUCUCUCUCUCUCUCUCUCUCUCUUUCUUUCGUUCUCUGUCUUCAUCACUGUGGACACGGUGGCGAUGUGAUGCUCGCCUCUCUCGGGACUGGGCCUGCGGUGGUGAUGAUGGGUCGGCUGAGGAGAUGAGCAUCGGGCGGUGUGGGGUACCAGGGGCGUGAGAGGUGGUCUGGACCCUGAGGUAAGAGGGCCGAGGCUGCCUCAUGUGUUGGGCCUCCUCUGAAUUCUGGUCCCCCCCGACCGCCAUCCUCCCAGCAUCAGUGGGAUGUCCCAGGUGUGUCUCCCCUUGGCCUUGCUCAUGCUCUGCAGCUGCACUAAGGUUUCCUCUACUAACUCCUUGGAGCUUGUGAAAGAGAAGUGGAGCAGCUACAGGAACCAGUGCCUGGACUACCUCAACACCACGCCCCCAGCCACAGGGCUGGUGUGUAACAGGACAUUCGACCUGUACGCCUGCUGGCCUGAUGGACCCCCAGGAACCACCGUCAAUGUCUCCUGCCCAUGGUUCCUGCCAUGGCACCGUAAAGUUCAGCAGGGUCUGGUGUACAGAGUCUGCAGAGAAGACGGUCAGUGGGCAAAGAAGAAUACCAGCGAAUGUGAGGACGACCCCGGUGAGCAGCAGUAUGGACGCAUCCUCAGUCAGUUACGGAUCAUGUACACAGUCGGCUAUUCUCUCUCCCUGGGAGCUCUGCUACUGGCACUGGGAAUCCUCAUCACCUUCAGGAAGCUCCACUGUAUGAGGAACAACAUCCACAUGAACCUGUUUGCCUCCUUCAUCCUGAGAGCCAUGUCCAUCCUGGUGAAAGACGCCCUGCUCACCCUCACUCUGGACCCCAGGAGCAGCAGCGACACGCGGACACAUGCUUGGGCCGUGAUGUGGUGCCGUGGUGCCAUGGUGAUGAUGCAGUACAGCGUGAUGGCCAACAACUAUUGGCUGCUGGUGGAGGGCAUAUACCUGCACAGCCUGCUGGUCAUCACAGUGUUCAGCGAGAGGAAGUAUUUCUUCAUUUAUCUGGCCAUCGGCUGGGGUGCGCCGCUCAUCUUCGUGUUGCCGUGGAUCACAGUGAAAUAUCUGUAUGAGAACGAGGAGUGCUGGGAGAGGAAUAUUAACAUGGGAUAUUGGUGGAUCAUCCGCUCUCCUAUUCUGUUUGCUUAUCUGAUCAACUUCUUUAUUUUCAUCAGCAUCAUAAAGAUCCUGAUGUCUAAACUCAGAGCUCAUCAGAUGAGAUACACUGACUACAAGUUCAGACUUGCAAAGUCCACUCUGACUCUCAUCCCCCUGCUGGGGAUUCACGCCAUCCUCUUCACCUUCGUCAUCGACGAGUCGGUUCCCAAGGGCUCCAUGCUGCGUCUCAUCCGUCUGUUCUGUGACCUCCUGUUCAACUCCUUCCAGGGCCUGCUGGUCGCUAUUCUCUACUGCUUCGUCAACAAGGAGGUGCAGUCUGAGAUACUAAAAAAGUGGAAGAGGUGGAAGCUGGGUAAGGACAUUGAUGAGGAGUACCGCCACACCCACAGCCACACGCCCCAGGUCAAGAGUGGCAGCAUCGCUGCUGGCAAUCUGCCUGAUGACCCCAGCGGCGACUCACCCCGCCUUAACAAUACCAUCAGACACCCAUCAUGCGCCAUCGCACAGGAGGAAAACCGCCGCCUGGUCGUCUCCUACAGUAACGGGACGGGGAAGGGCCGGUCCACCAAGGGCAAACACUCCCUGCAGUUCUCUUUCCGGCCACGCCGCGGCCUCUGCAGCCAUGGUAGCACCACCAUAGAGGACGUUUGCCUGGAAGAGAGGGCGCACUGCCACCUGUACUCUCUGAAAGGAGAGGAGACCAAUGUCUGAGAACAAGCUGACGUCAGAGAAAUAAGGAAGUGACCUGUGGGGAUCAGGAGGUUAAUAUUUGCAUAAUGCUACAGGAAAUAUGUUUUCACCUGCCUGGCUGCCAAUUCAUAGUUAAUGGUUUUAAGGACCUUGGGCAAAAAAAUAAUUGAUGACUUCAAGCAUCAGGAAUAAUUUAGCUCUGUGAUGUAACAGUGUGUGUGUACGUGUUUGUAUGGUUUAAUUUCGGCCCUUUCACUCCGACCUUGUCCAAAUCUUUCCAUCUGUGCUGUUGUUGCCAUUGUGAAUCAUGCUUGUGUUGUGUAAGUGUUUGCAGCAACGCACGCUUGUGGUACUUUCCGACAAAAAAAAUAUGAAUUUGUUUUGUUUUAUCUUAUUUCUUUUUUUCUGGUUUUAUUUUGUGCCAAAUGUGGACGACAUUUUAAAUCCUGAUGCCUUGACACUAUAAUAAAGAAAGGAGUGAGCUAAUCACUAGGGACCACUGAUUACUUUUACACAGUGUUAGCCAUCAGCCUCAUAGCGGACGGACGCUGUCAUCUGGAUAUCUGAUAUUUAGCUUAAAGCCUACAAGAAAAUAAUUAUAGUACAAUAUUGUGCAUUUCACCUCGAUUGAGCGAAGCGUUAAAUCUAAUUCUUUCUUGUUUUGUUUCAGAGCUAUUCCUCUUUUUUAAACAGGUUCUCCUGUAUGAAUGUAUUCGACCAAUGGAGAAAUAUGUAACACUUAAACAAUGUGUUUAACUGUAUGUAUACUGGAGUCGCCCAGUGAUGAGACUUGAUUUUAAAAUAGUAUUCGCCUUCGCACCCACUCAGAAAGUUGGAUCAUCAUCAUCAUCAUCAUCAUCAUCAUCAUCAUCAUCAUCAUCAUCAUCAUCAUCUGGCUCCAUUCACCAUCCCUGCAGCUGCCCAUUUAGCUAGGUAUUCAGUAUUGUUUAGAAAUGGAGGCAGAGGGAGAAACAUUUGUUUUCUUUUGCACAGAACACGAGAUGCACUGAUGAGAGGAAUCCUUUUUAAAGUGAACAUGUUACAUUUCACAACAUAAUGUGAAUAUUCUGUGUUGAAAAGAGCACCACAUUGCCAAUGGAGGAACAGUUUCCUUUUUUGUAAUUCAUGACUAAAGAUGUGCCUCACGGCGCCACUUUCAUUACUUUCAUUUCAGGAAAAAAGAUAAAUCAGGUUUAGGAAAUUGAUAUUCAGUGAAGAAAUGGACUUGAUUGAAUUGUCAAUCGAUUUGAAAUCACAAUGGAGCCGAACAAGGAUUUUCACGAAUUCCUGAUAAAGUUCUAGAUCAAGCACGGAAAACAAAUGUUGUUUGAAGCGUAGCAGAGUGCACUGUAUAAUGUAAAUAUGAAUAAGAAGUGAAUACUAUAAAGACAGAGAGGGGGAUGGGUGGAGGGAUUCAUUGUUCUGUGUUUUUGCUCGCAGUCCAGGUGACUCAACGUUGAAAUUAAACAUGGCUAAUUACCUUGAGAAAAGACGAGAGUUUUUUUUGCAGAACCUGAUUGUGCCUCUCUCCUUUUAUUUGAACUGUUUUUAGAAUGAACGCGAAAGGUUUUACACAAAAAGCCAAAUUGUUGUGUCUCGUGUGUCUCUGUGGAUCCAAUUAAAGUGAAUUCUGUCA